GGUUCGACGUGCCCUGCCCCCAGCCAGACGCGACCAUGCUGUCCCGUCUGCUGAAGGAACACCAGGCCAAGCAGAAUGAACGCAAGGAGCUGCAGGAGAAGAGGAGGCGAGAGGCAAUCACGGCCGCGACCUGCCUGACCGAAGCCCUGGUGGACCACCUCAACGUGGGUGUGGCCCAGGCCUACGUGAACCAGAGGAAGCUGGACCACAAGGUGAAGACCCUGCAGGCCCAGGCUGCCCAGUUUGCCAAGCAGACAGGCCAGUGGAUUGGGAUGGUGGAGAACUUCAACCAGGCUCUCAAGGAAAUCGGGGAUGUGGAGAACUGGGCUCGGAGCAUUGAGCUGGACAUGCACACCAUUGCCACCGCGCUGGAAUACGUGUACAAGGGACAGCUGCAGUCGGCCCCCUCCUAGCCACUCCACCCCCUGCCCUCCACCCCACCCUGCCUGUGUCACCCGCACCAGGCCGUGAAUAAAACCCCAGCCUCCGAAAAAAAAAAA